AUGUCUGCCACGUCAUCGACUACUAUCAUCGCUCUUUCCAACGUCCGGGUCUUUGAUGGACAAAAGAUUCAAGAGCCUAGCACCGUCAUCAUUGAUGGUGAAUUGAUUGGUAAUCCUGAUGCCGUUCCGACUGAAACCGUUGAUGCGCAUGGAUCGAUCCUUCUUCCUGGAUUGAUUGACUGCCAUAUCCAUUUGACUGGCCCGAAGGACCUCUCACAAAUGGCAAGAUAUGGUGUGACGACCGCACUGGAUAUGGCGACCUGGCCGGCUGAUCUUCUCAACUCUCUUCGUGGUCGAAACGGGGUGACCGAUAUUAGGGGCUGCGGGCUUGCUGCCACAGCUCCUGGAAGCGCCCACAGCCAUAUUCCAACAAUACCUAAAGAGGCAUUGGUUUCGAAUACUGCGGAAGCCGAACGUUUCGUGGAAAAGCAAGUGGCUGAAGGCGCUGAUUACAUCAAAGUCGUGGCUGAUAUUCCUGGUCCCAGCCAAGAAUGCCUGAAUGCUUUGGUCGAGUCAGCGCAUCGCCACCAGAAACUCGUCAUUGCCCAUGCCGUGACGACAAUGGCUACCCAAAUGGCUCAAAUUGCGGGCGCGGAUGCUAUAACCCAUGCUCCUCUUAAUGGGGUCAUGAGCGACGCGGAGGUUAGCCAAAUGCUAGAAGAGAAGCGAAUCAGCAUUCCAACAUUGACAAUGAUGAAGGGAUGCGCUGCGAAAAAGGCAGGGGCAUAUAGAAACGCUAAAGAUACAGUCUCCACUCUUCAUCGUGCUGGAGUUCCAGUGCUUGCUGGCACCGAUGCAAAUAUGGCCCCGGGUGUGCCCUUUAAUGUUAUUCACGGAAUCAGCUUGCACGAGGAGCUGGAGCUUCUAGUUGAAGCUGGCCUUUCAACAACUGAAGCUCUUUGCGCGGCCACUCAUCUGCCUGCAAAACAUUUUGGCUUACAGGACCGGGGCGUCAUUGAGCCUGGUCGCCGAGCAGAUCUUGUUCUCGUCAAAGGAAAUCCUGUCGCGGAUAUAAAAGCGACGCGGCACAUUGAAAGGGUCUGGAUUGCUGGUCAGGAGUUUAAGCAAAAAAUUGAAUGA